GAGAGCAGCCAGUCGCAUGAAGUGAAGCAGACUGAGGGGAGAGACUCUGACCAGAUACAGUGAGAGGUCUGCGGAUGGCGGACUGAGGGAGUGGCAGGAAAGGAAGGAAGGCCGGUGGGGAGGGGUGUGUAGAGGAUGAGGACGAGGAGUGGUUGUGGGAGCGGAGCGUGGCCGUGACAGGAAUCCGAUUUCCCAGCAGUUUGACUAUAGAGAGGGAAGGAGAGGGGCUGAGCCUGAUUUCCCUUCAGACACUCCCAGUGUUUUAAGGCUCUGAGCUCAGCCAGCAGUCUCUGGACUCUCCUCAGCAGGACCAGCGUGUCUGCACACUUCCCUAGAGCCUCUGUCUCUUCUCCUCCCAGGGGAGAGUGUCUCCUGAAGAUUACCCGCCUCUGAAAGUCUGACUUAGAAUAUCACUGGGGAGAUCUGUACUUAAGCAGCAUAUUUCCACUGGCAUGUGUCAAGGAUAGAAAUGGAUCCUGAAGGUGCACGUAUCCAAGAUGAUCCAGAUGUGAAGGUGAUGAUGGCAGGAUCAACUCUGAGGAAAGUGAAGUCUCGUUCCUGGAAGAAACAGCGGCAUUUCCGGCUUCUGGAGGACGGCCUGACAAUCUGGUACAAGUCAAGAUGGGCGGGGAGAGGCCACUCCACUUUCUCAGUGACCGAGGUGGAGGCAGUGCGUGAAGGCCAUCAGUCGGAGGUCCUGCUGAGCAUCGCUGAGGAGUUCCCUGCUGACCUCUGCUUUACCUUGGUGUUUCACGGUCGCCAAGGCAACCUGGACCUCGUGGCCGACUCCCCAGAGGAGGCCCAGGCCUGGAUUCGGGGAGUGCGCAAGCUGAUCCACAAAGCUCAGACGAUGGAUGAGAAGGAGAGGUUAGACCAGUGGGUCUGGGACUGGUUUCAGAAAGCUGACAAGAACAAAGAUGGGAAGAUGAAUUUUAAAGAAGUGAAGAAGCUGCUGAAGAUGAUGAAUGUUGACAUGAAUGAAGAACAUGCUCUCCAUCUGUUCACGAUGGCCGACAAGUCAGAGAGUGACUCUUUGGAAAUCGAGCAGUUUGUCUACUUCUAUAAGAUGCUGACUCAGAGGGAUGAAGUGUGGAAGGUGUUCCAGGACUACUCUGGGGAUGGAGAGAAGCUGAUGUUGGAGGAGCUGGAGAACUUCCUGAGGAUUGAACAACAUGAGGGAGAGCAGAGCGGCCAGCAUGCCAAGGAGCUGAUCGACCGCUAUGAACCAUCUGAGACAGCCGUGAAGCAGGGCGCCAUGUCCUUAGAUGGCUUCCAGAUGUACCUGUGCUCGCAGGAGGGCUCCAUAUUUAAUCCAGAGCAUCAGAAUCUUUACCAGGACAUGAGCCAGCCUCUCAGCCACUACUUCAUCUCCUCCUCACACAACACGUACCUCCUGGAGGACCAGCUGCGAGGACAGAGCAGCUUGGAGGCUUACAUCCAAGCCCUGAAGAGAGGCUGCCGUUGUGUAGAGGUGGACUGCUGGGAUGGCAGUGAUGGGGAGCCCGUUGUAUACCAUGGCCACACUCUGACUUCAAAAAUCCUCUUCAAAGAUGUUGUUUCAACGGUCAAAGAAUAUGCCUUCAAGACAUCAGACUUCCCUGUCAUCCUGUCCCUGGAGAAUCACUGCGGUGUGGAGCAGCAGACGGUCAUGGCCCAACACCUCAGCCAAAUCCUGGGUGACACGCUGCUGACCACCCUGCUGGAUGGACAGGUCCCUCAACAGCUGCCUUCUCCACAGGAAUUAAAGGGAAAGAUUUUGCUGAAAGCCAAGAAGAUUGGUGGUCUAGAACAGUGCCUUGAUGAAACCCUGACAGAUGAAGUUAGUGAUGAUGAGGAGAUGGCCGAUGGUGAUCCUGAGAGCCCCUGUACAGAAGAUCCACCUGCUGCGAACAAGAAACACAAGAAGUCCAAAUUGUCCAGGGAGCUGUCAGACUUGGUGGUUUACUGUAAAAGCGUGCACUUUCACGGCUUUGAGCAUGCUCGGUCUCAUGCUAAAUGCUACGAGAUGUCUUCAUUCUCUGAAUCCAAGGCCAAGAAGCUUGCUAAGGAAGCAGGGACAGAUUUUGUUCAGUAUAACACACAGCAGAUGAGCAGGAUCUACCCCAGCGGCCUCAGGACUGACUCUUCCAACUACAACCCGCAGGAUAUGUGGAAUGUGGGCUGUCAGAUAGUGGCUCUGAACUUCCAGACAGCUGGCCUGGAAAUGGAUCUGAAUGACGGGCUGUUCAGGCAGAACGGCUGCUGCGGUUUCGUCCUCAAGCCUGAGUUCAUGAGAGACGCCACCUCUCAGUUCAGUCCAGAGAAACCUGAGGGGCACCAAGGCUACAAACCCCUGCGUUUAUCCAUACAGGUGAUAAGUGGGCAGCAGCUGCCGAAGGUGAAUCAGAAAGAGGGCUCUAUUGUGGACCCACUGGUCAGAGUGGAGAUCUAUGGAGUACCACAGGACCAGGCCAAGGAAGAGACCAGUCACAUUAACAACAAUGGUUUUAACCCAGUGUGGAAUGAAACUCUAAAUUUCGUCAUCCACGCUCCUGAGCUGGCGCUGGUUCGCUUUCUGGUGGAGGACUAUGACAAGGCCUCCAGGAAUGACUUCAUCGGACAGUUCACUCUUCCCUUUACAUGCAUCCAAGCAGGUUACCGUCACAUACAUCUACUCUCUAAAGAUGGAACGAUUAUCCCUCCCUCUUCGCUCUUUGUUAACAUCAGCAUUUCAGAGCUGACAUCAGGAAGUUAAAUGUAAGCGUGUGAAGUCAGUGGUGCUCGCAAAUCCAGUGUUUCCAUAAACCUGACGAGGCUGUGAACAGCAAGGACCAGUACUUUAAUAUGAGUUUGAAAUAUCAGCCAAACUGAAGUCGCGUAUCGUACUUAAACUCCAGAGAGUCAAACAAGUAACAUGCCAGAAAUUAGACUUCUGGGUGAUUUUCAGCAUUAAUGAAAUAGGAGUGGUCUAUGCAAAUUGAUUUAAUCAACUAUAUAAAAUCAAUAAAGCUGAAGUACACAGGAAUCUGGAAAAGGGAACAAAUAAAAACACCAAAAUUGAAAAAUAUACAGCCCUCUCCUUGAAGCUCUUCACUGUCCUCCAGAGACUGUAGAAAGAUUAAAGCUGCUGUCCAGAGUUUCCGUUUGUUUUCAAUUUAUGUAUCAUUUUUUAACAAAGCUGAAAUGUGUUAGUCUAGUUCGAUACUAUAAUAUAAAGUUAGAAUAACGCGAUAUGAAAAUUUAUUCCUGAGCUCCGCCUUCCUCUCAUAGACCCCCAUGUUAUUCCAAAAAGCGCCGGUCGCUGCCGACCAAUCAAGUUCGAGCUUCAGCUUUGUCAUGCUGUCAAUCAACGGUUACGCGCACAGCAAGCAAGCCCAUGCAGAGGUGAGCGAGCUACGCACUACGCAACCGCGCGCACAUUUGUUUUGCUUGUGGAGGAGAGAGCAUCAGGGCUCAGCAACUUCCAGAAAAGUUACCAAUCCCACGGCUUGUCAGGCCAAGAGACUGCAGGACGUUUUUUGGCUCGGGGUGCUCGCGUCGCUCCCCGACCACGGCCCUCCAUAGCCCGCCUGACGGCUUCAUUUAGAUGCCCGACCUCUGGAGGAAGAUGUUGGGGCGUCUGGGACAUACUCUUCGUCAGAGGAGUCAUGCAAUUCUGAACUCUAGAUAGAAAUAAAUAAACAAUGAAACACAUAUACACGCGUAAAUGCACUAAGUUUGAUAAACAACGUCAUUGAGAGGGAUACACGAGUGUAAUCACAUAUUGAAACUUUACUCGUUCGUCCUAGCAGAUUCAUGUUAUUUUGGUAUUAGGACAAGUUAGACUCAAUACAGAAUUCUAACGUAAUUCCUUUAUUAUUUACUAAAUGUACUAAAUGUAGAAGAGGGGAAAACAGCAAAACAGGCGAGAUGCUGCAGCACUCCGGGCACUUCUCUCAUGUACUGCGCGCGUGCACAAAUAAAGGGGCGAAAUCAGAGGGAGGGACGGUGGGACCACCAGUGUUUUGGGAGACGCUGCGAUUCAAACUCCGGACAGCAGCUUUAAGUGGACAUUAACAAAAGAUAGAUGUAGCCUCCAGGUUGGAAAGGGAAACUUUAGCAAAUGUUCUCCUAAUAGGUUUAUGAUCUCAGUUGCUGGCUUAAAGUCUCUUUAAAACUGUGUGAUACACAGUUUGUAAAUCAUCUGUCCUUUUAUAUAGUAUAUGCUGUCCCCUUUCUCUUUUAAGAUCCUCAGGCAUGUGCUUCAACUGCAGAAAAGAAAGCCAGGCUAUCAGUCAACUUUUCCUCUCUCACCUGAUCAGGUAAAAGAUCUGUGAUUGGCAGGAGAGUUUAGUUACCAACAUGCUGAAAGGUUAGUAUGAAUUUUUUGCCCAAUGAUACCAAUAUGGAUUCUCUUUGAGAAGAAACAAAGACAAAAAACACUGCCUACCCUGGUUUUAACUGGCUGUGACAUGACAGGGUUGAUUUCCUUUAUGACCAAGAAGUAAGACAACUAACUUACUUAGUAUGAAAAAAGUAAGAUGUCUGCCUGUAUUUAUUUGUUUUUAUGUCAAAUGUGUGCAAUUCUACAUUUAUGACACUUAAAAAAACGCUUUUAAAUAUUUUAAGCCGGGGAAUGUGAGAGAACCUGAAGGACUGCUGCAUGUUCAGAAUGUCUAAAUAUAGGUAACAGUGUUGAAAGUCCAUCUUCCAUAGUUUUAAAAUGUAAUGAUGUGAAACACUUGCCAAAAAUCAGUAUUAAUUUAGUACACUGUAAUCUACAACCACAGUGUACUCAGAGCUUUGCAUCAUGCUGGUUAAUUUGCUGUUCAGCUGCCAAAUACCUGCUUGACUAAGUUCUAUUUAUGAAUGUUUACAUUUUAAAAGGUUAUGUGGUGUAUCAUGUAGAAGUAUGUGUGUAUAUAAGCCUGUAAAUAGAUGCAAUACAUUUUCUGAGCAAAUAAAUACCACAUUCCCAAACA